AUGUCACAAUCCACUUUGGAAAUAUCUUCAACUAAGAUGACUACUGAUGAACAUGGGUCCACAAGUAUAGGCCAACCUUCAAUGGAAAGUACAACUGUGGUCUCAACCGCAGAAGAGCGUCUUUCCACAUCAUUCACAGCUACAAACUCCCCAAAGACAAUUGAAUCAGUGACGUCCACCUCCACAACAGCCAAAACAUUCCAACCUGUUGUUACAAGAGAAGACGUAACUGCAACUCAAACCCAAAGCACAUCAAUCCCUACCUCAAUGGAGUCUCAAAAAACUGAAUACACCAGUCCAACCACCAACAUAUUGUCAACAUCAGCCAUGUCACAAUCCACUUCGGAGAUUUCUUCAACUGAGAUGACUACUAAAGAACAUGGUUCCACAAGCCAACCUUCAACUAAAAGUACAACUGUAGUGUCAACCGCAGAAGAGAAUCUUUCCUCAUCAUUCACAGCUACAAACUCCCCAAAGACAAUUGAAUCAGUGACGUUCGCCUCCACCACAGCCAUCACAUUCCAACCUGUUGUUACAAGAGAAGACAUAACUGCAAUUCAAACCCAAAGCACAUCAAUCCCUACCUCAAUGGAGUCUCACACGACUGAACAUACGAGUCCAACCAACAAUAUAUUGUCAACAUCAGGUAUGUCACAAUCCACUUUGGAGAUGUCUUCAGUUGAGAUGUCUACUAAAGAACAUGGUUCCACAAACCAUCCUUCAAUGGAAAGUACAGCUGUGGUCUCAACCACAGAAUAUCAUAUUUCCACACCAUUCACAACUACAAACUCUCCAAAGACAACUGAAUCAUUGACGUCCCCCUCCACUACACACGUAACAUCCUCACUUGUUAUUACAAGAGAAGACGUAACUGCAACUCAAACCCAAAGCACAUCAAUCCCUACCUCAAUGGAGACUCAAACAACUGAAUACACCAGUCCAACCACUUUGGAAAUGUCUUCAACUAAGACGACUACUGAUGAACAUGGGUCCACACGUACAGGCCAACCUUCAAUGGAAAGUACAGCCAUGGUCUCAACCGCAGAAGAUAAUCUUUCCACAUCAUUCACAGCUACAAACUCCAGAAAGACAAUGGAAUCAGUGACCUCCUCUUCCACUACAGACAUAACAUUCCUACCUCUUAUUACAAGAGAAGACGUAACCGCAACUCAAUCUCAAAGCACAUCAAUCCCUACCUCAAUGCAGUCUCAAACAACUGAACACACCAGUCCAACCACCAACAUAUUGUCAACAUCAGCUAUGUCACAAUCCACUUUGGAGAUGUCUUCAACUGAGAAGACUACUGGAGAACAUGGAUCUACAAGUACAAGGCAACUUUCAAUGGAAAGUACAACUGUGUUCUCAACCGCAGAAGAUAAUAUUCCCACACCAUUCACAACUACAAACUCCCCAAAGAUAACUCAAUCAUUGACGUCCCCCUCCACUACAGACAUAACAUCCUCACCUGUUAUUACAAGAGAAGACAUAACUGUAACUCAAACUCAAAGCACAUCAAUCCCUACCUCAAUGGAGUCUCAUACAGCUGAAUACACCAGUCCAACCACCAACAUUUUAACCACAUCAGGUAUGUCACAAACCAUUGUUAACAUUUCUUCCAGUCAGGCAACCACUGA